AUGUGGGUAUCCCAUGUACAACUAAAAUUAUUCAUUCCGGCCAACUAUCAGCAGAAUUCCACCACUCUGUGGACCGAAUUUUUCGGUACCGUCCAUGAUUCACUGGGCCGUAUUGCUGAACUGAAUCGCGACAGCAUUUUGGGACGAUGCCUGCUGGUUCGCAUUGUCAAACUAAAAGAUGAUUAUGGUACCGGAAGUAAAUGGGCCGUGAAUAAAGUUGUGAGAAUUUUAGAGAAGGAAAAUUCUUUGCCCUCGCAACGGUCACCGUCUUUUACAGCAGACGCAAUACGAUAUAUGAUGGAAGAGCCGCGUAUCUCAGAUGCAAUUAAAAAUACUGAAACAGAUUUUGCAAGACUUCUGAAGGAUCCGCAUCAUCAUCCCGACACUGUCCUAAAAAGACGAGUCUAG